UUCACUUCUUCUGUCCAUAUUCACCUACAAUUCGCCACUUGGUGCGGGUUUUCAUCCUAGCAUACAUCGAUAGUCACACUCGCUACGCGUCUAGUAGGCUACCCAGAGAUCUGGAGUGAUCGACGGCGUGGGUAGUCUCUUGGCUGCUUUCUGCAUCUUCCGCUCCGCGUACGACGAGUGUUGUGCGGUUCCCCCGAGUGGCAUGAGCGGCCAGCAGCAGCGACUGCCCUGUUCCAGCUCACCGAAAAACAUCGUCGACGUCUAUGCCGGACGACGACCAUCGACCGCCGCCUCGCCAUCGAACCACCCUCGCUCCAGGCGCCAAUGCGGAUGCACCUUCACGACACCCGAUGACCGCACGGCAACAAUGAGGACGCUCCCGCACAGCGUCUGGUCGACGCUGUCGUGCUGCUUACUCCUGCUAUCGCUAUCACACCUCCCGACCGCCCACGGCGCAUUCAUCAGCUUCGAGAACUGUCUGAGCGACAGCACCCUCAACUCCAAUCCGAAACUCCUCCAGUUCACGCCCUACUUCGUCGACGCGAGCUUCCUCCCCACCGAGCAAUCGAGGAGGAGCCUGAACUUGACAAUAUAUGGCAAUGUCUCAGGGCAACAGUUCUUGGACCCAUACCCGCCGGCUUCUGAUCCUGUGUGGACAAACCCCAAUGAGACCUUUGGCAAGAUCGCAGAUAUUGGCAAUGACAACAAAUACUCCACCCUGACGGCGGACUACGAUGUGUUGACAUUCACGGCCCAUGAUAACUCCGGCGAGAGAUUCUGCCCGACGUUGGUCAAUGGGACUGGUAGCUGCCCACUGGGGCCAGUCUUCAACGCCAGCCGAUAUGACCGGGAAUCUCUGCCCGCAUUCACUGUAAAUCAGCCCUUUGGCAGCUCGUAUGCCUUCAGCACAAUCUCUACAACUGUCCACGUCCUUAGUGGUGACCGUGGAGCCUUCAACAUCGCUUGCGUAAGCGUGCAAAUCACUCCCGACCUAGGCGACAGUGUAAGGGGAAUGCUCAGAUGGCUUCCUCUCUCCAUAUUGAUCGCCAAGGGCCUGGCGACGCUCGCGGCUGCGAUAUGGUCUCCAUGGGGCAGUUCGGACAUCUUCAAAUGGAGCAGCAACUAUGGGAGAGACGAAGAUUUGCUGCGACUGGUGACGCCGGGUUUUGGCGACUGUUUGCAGUACAUUCAAUUCAUCGUGCUCACGGGAAGCUUGACACUGCAGUAUCCUGGCUUCUUCCGGCCCGCUGUCAGUCAGUCUGCAUGGUCAACUCUUAUGUUCAACCAAAGCUUCGUCAACGGUGGCGGGACGCAAAGCUUGGUGGAUGGACUGUACAGAACGAACAAUGCUACCUAUGGCUUGACGAGGAUGAGCCAACUGGUUGGAAUGCAAGAAGAUUCAGACAUUUGGGCAGGAAUGGUCAUUUGGCUAUUGGUGAUUGCGGCAGUCGUCAUUGCACUUUGCCAACUAGGAUUCCUCGGUCGCUGGCUGAUUCACCAAGCGAUGCACACCACAGAGGAGGACCUCCGCCAGAAGAACUUGCCGUUCACCCUGGGAAACAUCAUCAGGCUGCUCUUCAACUACUUCAUCCUCCCGAUCGUGGCGUUGAGCUUGUUCCAGCUAGUCAUUGCCCCAAGCUCACCAGCGAGCGUUGUAAUCUCAGCAACCAUUCUUCUCGUCAUCAUGGUCGUAUGGGCCGGCUGGAUCUUACGCGUCAUUUUCACCACGAAGCCCAGGACGCUGCUGUUUGACGAGAUGACAACUGUUCUGCUCUACGGACCGUUGUAUAACACAUACAGCGACAGUGCAGCACCAUUCGCCUUGGUCCCGGUUUUCAUCACAUUCAUGCGUGGAGUUGCCAUCGGUGCGAUCCAACCCUCGGGCAUUGCUCAGAUCAUUGUGCUGGCCAUCUGCGAAGUUAUACUGAUUCUAACGUUGAACGGCUUCCGACCUUUUCAAGGACAGACAAGCAUGAAUGCGUAUCACACGUUCUUCGCCAGUGUCAGGCUAAUCACUGUUGUCCUCAUGAUUGCCUUUGCACCUAGCCUAGGUGUGACCGAGGCCCCCAAGGGCUGGAUCGGAUAUAUCAUUCUACUGUUGCAUGCCUGCGUACUCCUGUUCGGCUUCUUCAUGAACUCCAUGCAGACGCUGAUUGAGGUAGUUGCACGUGCCAUGGGUGCUGGAGAUGACAAGACCAACGGAGCUGUUCGAGGAAGUAUCCUCAAUUGGCGCACCUUGAAGAAGCGGCCCGACAGGAAGCGCGAACCGGCUGAUCGCACCAGCAUGAGUAGUGCUGCAAUGCUGACCACCAAUCAGGCCGGGUACGGCACACGAAGCAGGUCCAUCUCGGCUAGCAGCCAGCAGCUCCUGAACCGGAUGAGUGGCUUCGAGAAUUUCAGCCAAGGAGAAGGCGUCAGUUCGCCGGAUCCGGAUCUGGAAAAUGCCGAUCAGCUGGGACAGACUGUCUCGCACGGUCGAGUGUCCUCAAACGCCCCGAGAGCUGAUGGGGAUGGCUACUACCGUCCACCGCGGCCACGGAAGGCUACUAUCGAGACUCUUGGGGGCGCGGCUGCGAAGACCAGAAGCAAGAGCGAUUUCCCGUACCAGGACGCGCCAGCAGGUCCUGGGGGCCACGUUCGCGACGCUAGUUACGACAGCACUACGUUUGGCUCUCCAGCUCCCGCAUACCUGCGCACUCGAGCAGGCUCUAAUGAUGAAGGCGGCAAAUACGAACCGGCCAACAGGACCGACUACGCGGUACGCGAGGUUGACCAGUAUUACAGAGGGCCCGCACUCAAUGGGCAAGCUACCAGAAAGCUGAAGACUGGACCCGCAGAUCCUACUGGGCCUGCCUCGACUGCGCAAAGCUGGUUCCAUAAGCUCCUCUUUGGUGUCAAGGGCGGCAAGACGAAGGACCAGGGCAAAGGCUUCGAGGUGGUCCGAUCAGCCAGGAUGCCGCCAGAUAUGGCGAAAGAAGAAGGCGUCGAGAUGACCACAAGCCCGCCCAUGCAUUCCGAUGAGCCUUACCAGGAUAUGCCUGAUACUCCUGGAUCGCCGCCUCAAGCUGUUGCAGGUGCUGCACGUUCUGUUGAUGGCACUCUAGACCGUUCUGCGAGCCCUGCCAGCCCUGUAGUCGCCACAGGCACUGCUAUGGGACCGGCCGAUUUGACUGACUUAGAGACAUCCCCCAAGCGAGGCGACGAUAGCUUUGACUUCCAAUUUCCCGGCGUACGAGACAGCACUUUGACUACCAGGAGUCGCGUUCGUCCAGAUAGCGAUGCAUUGGGGAUGCCUGUUCUCGAGCCUAUAACCUUCGAGCAUGCAGAUGCUAUCGGCGUCGCACCAACACCGCCACGUAGAUUGAGCGAUGCGUCUGCUGCGAGCCGAGAUUCAUCUCAGUUCGGGCACCAGGAUCAAGGACCGCCGCGUGCCAAAUACUCGGACAGACCAGCUCCCAUUCUGGCUCCAAUCGAGACGAGUCCUAGCAUCGACCUGCCCUCACGCUUCAACAGCACUGCUUCUCGGUUCACCACAACCCAGGAGACUCAGGGAGGAGCACUCAAUACUGCGGCUGUGCCCUCACGAAUCAAUUCGAGCAGGAGUGCUGCACUCGGCAACGUCGACGACAUUAGAGAGUCUGCCGGCGGUCAGGACUGGCUCCGCGCUGUCGACAACAUCAACUGGGGCAACCACUCGCGAGAUCCCAGCAUCCGUGGUGGUGCAGCUGGACUCUCCACCCAGUCUUCCAGACAGUCCUUCCAGCCUGCGCCGCCAUCCGUGCCCAGGCGAAGCUCGAGAAGGGCAUCGAGCCAGGAAGUCAGCGUCAGUCAUAGACAACAGCUUGCUCGACAGCACACAUCCAACCUUUUUGAAGGCUUCGACAGUACUGGAAACAUCGCCGACGUCGACGAGGACAGACCAAGACAGGCAUCUGGCGCAAAAGCAAGUUACGUCAGUCACCAUCGCGCCCAGGAUAGUAUCUCUCGGAACAGCAUCGGUGCUGCUGCUGCCCUGCGAGAAGGCACUGCGAGCGUGGAAUAUAGCACCACGCCGAACCAAGGAGAAGACUAUCUGGGCUCGGCUGGACACUAGCAACAUUUCAAGGAUGACAUAUGAGCACUUUUAUACAUAAUAAUGGGAGGCACGCGGCUUCUGAGAAUUAGCGCGGCGUUACGGCUUUGAUUUCAAAAAUGGAGAGGGCCCUCACGAUCACAGAAGUGGGCGGGACAUGAAACGAGUACGGCCGUAUUCAAGGACAUUCUUUUAUGGAAGCGAAGGACUCAAAAAAGUUCUGUGUCGGUAAUUGCUGCUGUAUGAUGAUGGGUGCAAGAGUGUUCCCACUGUAGCUAGCUAAACUUAAUGACAGAGUCUGUUGUGUAUUGUAGCCGCCUUUCCAGGCCGUGCAUUGACAAGAGUACAAGUUGCCGG